CUUCUCCUCGCCACGCAUCUCCGAGCCUCUUCCUCGCCUGCUGCGGUUGUUGACUCCUCUCUGCCCUGCCAGCCGCGGCCAUGUCUCGGCAGUCUGUCUGCAGAAGCUUUGGAGGAGGGAGCAGAAGGGGCUACAGCUCUUGCUCUGCCAUCGCUGGUGGCUUUGGAGGAGGUGGCAGCAGAAGCAGGAGCAGCUACAGCUCCUUCUCUAUGUCCAGGGGCUUUGGAGGUGGAGGACGCUGCGGUGGCUUUAGCAGCAAGAGCCUCCACAGCAUAGGAGGCGGUGGAAGGAUCUCCAUGGGUGGAUGUUAUGGUGGCGGAGGCUACGGAGGCAGGAUGGGAGGCUUUGGUGGAGGCUAUGGAGGAGGAAUGGGCAGCUUUGGUGGAGGGAUGGGAGGUGGAGGAAUGGGAGGCUUUGGAGGGAUGGGGAGCUAUGGAGGAGGAAUGUGUGGUUACGGAGGAGGGAUGGGUGGCGGAGGGAUGGGUGGCUUUGGCGGGCCAGGCUUUGGCAUGGCAGGCUUUGGUGGGCCUGGCAGAGGUGGCCCUGGCAUCCAGCCAGUGCAGAUCGACUCAACCCUCCUCCAGCCAGUCCAUGUUGAGAUCGACCCCCAGAUCCAGCAGGUCAAAAACCAGGAGAAGGAGCAGAUCAAGACUCUUAACAAUCAGUUUGCCUCUUUCAUCGAUAAGGUCCGCUUCCUGGAGCAACAGAACAAGGUCCUCUCCACCAAGUGGGAGCUCCUCCAGCAGCAAGGACCUACAGGGCCCAGGAAGAACCUCGAUGUCAUCUUUGAAAACUACAUCCAGAACCUGAGGAGGCAGCUGGACUCAAUCCUGGCACAGAGGAGCCAGCUGGAGUCGGAGCUGCAGAGCAUGCAGCAGUAUGUGGAGGAGUUCAAGAGCAAGUAUGAGGAAGAGAUCAACAGGAGGACAUCUGCUGAGAACGAGUUUGUGGUGCUCAAGAAGGAUGUGGACUCUGCCUACAUGAAUAAAGUAGAGCUGGAAGCCAAGGUGGGAGCCCUGACCGAUGAGAUCAGCUUCCUGAGGUGUAUCUAUGAGGAGGAGCUGGCUCAGAUGCAGACCAUCAGCAGGGACCUGUCUGUGGUGGUGUCCAUGGACAACAAUCGCCACCUGGACCUGGACAGCAUCAUCGAGGAGGUCAGGCGCCAGUACGAGCAGAUCGCCCAGAGCAGCAGAGCUGAGGCUGAGGCUUGGUACCAGAGCCAGUAUGAGCAGCUGCAGAGCACAGCUGGCAGGCACGGGGACAACCUCCGCAACACCAAGAUGGAGAUCCAAGAGCUGACCAGGAACAUCCAGAGGCUGAGGGCUGAGAUUGAGAACGUCAAGAAGCAGAACAACCAGCUGCAGGCAGCUAUUGCUGAGGCUGAGGAGCGGGGUGAGAUGGCCCUGAAGGAUGCCAGGAUCAAACUGGAAGAGAUGGAAAAUGCCCUGAGCAAAGACAAGGAGGAGCUGGCUCGGCUGCUGAAGGAGUACCAGGAGCUGCUGAACAUCAAGAUUGCAUUGGACGUUGAGAUUGCCAUGUACAGGAAGCUGCUGGAGGGAGAGGAGAACAGGCUGUGCAACGAUGGAAUGUCCAACGUCAAUGUCUCCGUGAUGGGCAGGACCAGCAUCUCCGGAGGCAGAGGAGGCAUGGGAGGAGGCUUCGUCGGAGGCGGCAGCGGCAUGGGAGGAGGCUUUGGCGGAGGCAGCUGCGGCAUGGGAGGAGGCUUCGUGGGAGGCAGCUGCGGCAUGGGAGGAGGAGGAGGCAGCUUCGGAGGGGGCAGCCUGGGCGGCAGCUGCGGCAUGGGGGCAGCGCUGUGUGGUGGGGGCUUCUCGUCGGGCAGCGGCAGGGUCUGCGGCACCGGCGGGGGCACCUUCAGCUCCGGCGGGGGCUCGUCCUCCGUGCGCAGAUGUGUGACCACCACCUCGGUCAAGUCGUCCGGAGUGCGAUUCUGAGCCCCGCGGGCGGCGUGCGGCAGGAAAAGAAGCAGCUCCAGCUCCAGCUUCCCCCAGCAGCAGCUCUGCCUCCUCACCUCCUGCCCCCACAUGAACUGUGUCCCCCCGACCCACCGCCUCCUCUACGCUUGGUGCCCGCACGGGAGCCUCACGGCCGUGCCCUGUGCCCCUCCUGCAGCCCUGGCGAGCUGCUCCUCAGCUGCUGCAGAGGCUGCCGUGCAGAGCUGCAGCCUGGAGAGCUGGUGCCCGGGAGGGGACCUUCUGCCUUCGCUGCUGCUGCCCUGUACGUUUGCGGCUGCCCCGUGGCAAUCGUGUAGAGAAGUCCUCUUGGCUCCUCUGGCCUUGGCCUCCUGCCUCCACGGCCAUGUCCCUGGGCUGCUCCUGCAGGCAGUGCCUCCUGCUGCUUCCUUUCUCCAGCCUGUGGCUCAGGGGAGGUGUGGGGCAGUGGGCCCUGGUGCCCGAGGAGGCAACAUCCUCUGGGCAGGUGGCCUAAGGGAUUGGCCGUGCCAGGCUGGAGCAGCUGGCAGCUUUGCUGCCCUGCUAGCCCGGGGCUGCCGGGAGCAGGAGCUGUCCACGGAGCCCUGGCUGCCAGUGCCGCCUGCUCCUGCAGUCCUGCUCCCCUCUGGUGUCACCUCCCAGCCACCUGGACUUGCUCUCAGGAGAGCCCUGCUUGCUGCCCAGUGCCAGCCCCCUGUGCCAUGGGAUGAGAUGUGCUGUGUCCACCUCCCCUCCUCCUCCAUCUGUGCCAUCCUCUCCUUCCUCCUCCUUGGCGUGUUGCCAUUCUCAAUAAACUGCAGAGAACA